CAUAUUAGAAUUCCCCCAGAUGAUCUACACAGUUGAUUAGCUAUAGAGCUCAAAGUUUGACCUCACUUGCAUGUGUGUAUUUUGUCGAAAAUCAAGAGUUCCUGUGGCAAAUCGAAAGGCUGAACACUCUGUAGCAGCAGCAACUAUAAUACGUAGCUGUAUAUAUAGUUAGUGCAUGCAUAUCGCUCAACAUGGCAUCAAAGAACCGUUGUGUGGCUGAACCAGAUCAGUCACCACCUCAUGUUGUUCAAGAACCUCCCACUAACGAAACAGCUGAACUAGACUACGACUUUGUCGAGCAGCCUGACCAAGACUACUUCUGUCCUGUGAGCUUAGAGCUACUUGUUGAGCCACACCAGACGUCAUGCUGCGGCCAUCACGUCUCCCAGCAAGCUGCCAACAGACUCAUAAGAGAACAAAAGCCUUGUCCAAUGUGUAAAGAUGAUGAAUUCAACACUCAAUCUGACAAGUAUUUUAAGAGAAAAAUUCGUCAGCUUAAGGUUCGCUGUCCCCACAAGAAGAGUGGGUGUGAGUGGACGGGGGAACUGGGGGACCUGAACCACCAUACCACCUCCUGUCCAAAACGUCCCUGGAAGUGCCAAUAUUGCGAUCAUGAAUCGAUCUACGAGACCGGACCAACUGACCACACCCCCAACUGUCCCAACUACCCCCUGUCCUGUCCCAACCAAUGUGAGAUCGGUACCCUCUCUCGUUGCCAAGCUGAUAGCCACCUACUAGAGUGCCCCCUACAACUAGUGGAGUGUGAGUUUGCUAGUACUGGAUGUGACGUGAAGGUCCCUCGAAGAGAUCUGGCGGGUCACAUGACAGAGAAUGCCCAACACCACCUCAUGACAGCCACCCUCCUCAACCUGAGACUCACGAAGGAGCUACAUAAGAAAAUGGAGGAGAAAGAUCAACAGAUUGUUGAGCUGAAACAGCAAGUUGGUGGGUUAUAUGAGAGUCAUUCAAAGUUCUCGCGGUUCUUCAUGGCGACGCUUGGGUUUGUUCACUAUGAAAUUACUCUACCCAAUUUUAGCUCCUUAGAGCAAAAUAAUGGGUGGCUGAGCGAACCUCUAUCCCAUUUGAACGGAAUCAAAUUUCACAUCAAAAUAGAUGCUGAUGACCCUCCCUCUGCUUAUCUAACAGCCCAGUGUAGCUCUGAUGAACCUAGUAUUGUCUGUACUAUCAUGCUAGAAUUGCUAAAUCAGCAUGAAGAUAAGAAUCAUUUUUCUUUGAAAAAAACAAUCAGCCUCAGGAAAAAAAAUUCUCUUUUCAGCUUCCGUCGCAAUCAAAACCUCCUGGACAUGUUUGGCUCAGUACAAAGUCAAGACGAAGGUGAUGAAAGUGAUGAAAAUGUCGAUGGAAAAUUUGAAACUAAAGUCAUUGGAGAAUUACCAUCACUAGCUGGAAACGCAGAGCAAGACGUUCUGUAUCUUCUUAACGACGCUCUUAAGUUCCAAGUGCACAUUACGGUAGAUACAUGUACGUAGCCAUAGCUCAAAAAAACUUUACUGUAGUACAUAUAUACAUGUACAUGUAUAUUUUGGUGUGUUUAACCUAUAGCUUUAUAUAAUUAUUAUGAUCAUUUAUACCGUAUAUAGCGGAUAAUUUUUGUUGGUGCAAAUUUUCGUAUGAACUACUCAUUUCAAUAUUUCGUAUUUUAAA